AUGUCGUUUCGUGGAGCGUUCAAACGGUUCGUGCAGAAGAAGAAGCCAUCCGCAGGGGCGUAUCCGGUUAUGAAGCCCGUGGGGCCAGAUGGGGCUCUGCCUCACUACACGCGGGAAGAGCUUACCGCUGCCACGAGCAACUGGACACAGAAAAUCGGCGAAGGGGGCUUCGGGACUGUUUAUAAAGGGUAUCUGCGGAGUGACAGUAGUAGCCGCGUUGGCGGCAUUAGCAGCAGCAGCAGCAGCAAUGGGAAGAGUGGCAGUGGUGGGAAUAGCGGGGGCGCUGGUGGUGGGGGAGAGGGUGGAGCAGGUGGAGAGGGGGGAGAGGGAGGGGAGGUGCUGGUUCCGGUGGCUGUGAAGAUGUGCACGAGUGGGAUCAAGGACAGCGGCAGGGAGCAGCUCAUGACGGAGGUGAUGGUGAUGACGGCAGUGCAGCAUCCGUACAUCCUCAGGCUGCUGGGGGUGGCGACGCUGGGAGAAACGCUCGCCAUGGUGUCUGAGUUUGUGCCCAACGCGGAUGUAGACCUGCUGCUGGAGAGAGUGCGCGAAGGGAGAGACUCGUUUGACUGGACGGCUAGAAUGGUGCUGGCGGAGCAGGUGGGGGAGGCGCUGGUGUUCAUCCACAGCAAGGGGUACAUUCACCGCGACUUCAAAGCUGCUAAUGUGCUACUGGCGGAGGGCAUGGUGCCAAAGGUGGCGGACUUUGGAAUGGCGCGGCUGGUAGAGGACUGGAAGACACAUGUCACGACGCGAGUGGGCGGCUCUCAGGGCUAUAUCGACCCCAACUACUUCUCCACUGGGUUUCUCACCAACCAUUGUGACACGUAUGCGUUCGGCAUCUUCCUUCUAGAGCUCAUGUCAGGCGAAUGUGCGGAGGAGAACGGCUUUAAGGCGAUCAGAGUGGCAGCAGAGGAGCGCCUAAUACCGCUAGAGAAGCUUAAGAGGGUGGUGAUGGAUAAAACCAUUGCCGGACAAUGCAGCCCCACUGUUCGUUCUCCCUGUCGCUCCCCCACACACAUUACUCCCCAACUGCCCUCUUCCGCUCCCCCCUUCCCGCCUCCCCUCCCCAUUCCCUUCCGCCCACUUACCGCCCACGCGCGCAGAGGAGAAGGGCUCCGCAAGGAGAAGGCCGCGGCGCCCCACCCGGACUUAAAGCCCCUGGGGGGGGACGGCGCUCCCCCCAUGUACACUAAAGAGGAGCUCAGCGCCGCUACCAACAACUUCAAGCACAAGCUCGGCGAGGGGGGGUUCGGAGCGGUGUACAAGGGGUUCCUCAAGGUGGAGAGCGGUGCAGAGGCUGCAGAGUCGCUGGGCGUGGAUCUGAGCGCGGUUGCUGACGGGGAAAUCCCUGUGGCGGUGAAAAUGUGCGCGGCGAAGGUUCUGAGCGCGAGGGAGCAACUGAUGACGGAAAUGAUGGUGAUGGGGAAGCUGCGGCACCCCAACAUCCUGCGCCUGCUGGGCGCGUGCAUAUCAGACGACCAAAUGGCCAUGAUCUAUGAAUUCAUCCCCUGUGGGGAUGUGCACGAACUGCUGGAGGAUGCGCGAGCGGGCAAGGAGGAGUUUAAAUAUGAGGACCGGAUGAAGGUGGCCAUGGGGUGCGCUGAAGCCUUGGCGUUCAUCCACGGGCAGGAGUACGUUCACCGCGACUUCAAGGCUCCCAACGUGUUGUUGGCCGAGGGCCUCUCGCCUCGGGUGGCCGAUUUUGGGCUGGCGAGGAUAGUGGAGAACUGGAAGGACCAUGUGACGACGAGAGUGAUGGGGUCACGGGGUUACAUCGACCCUGAAUACUUCGAGUCAGGCUACCUCAACGAGCACUGUGACACUUUUGCCUUUGGCAUUUUCCUCAUCGAGCUAGCCACAGGUCACUCAGUCCUCGAGGCCAAGUUCGACGAUGUGGUGAACGGUGCAGUGCGUUCGGACGACGUGGAUCUGGGUGCGGUGAUGGACCCCCGAUUGCAAGGGCAGUGGAGUGAGGAGCAGGCGAAGACGUUGCUGGGAGUGGCGAAAGUGUGUAUUACGACGGAUUGGGACGACCGGCCUAUCAUGGAUAACGUGGUUGAGAUGAUGCAAGGGGUGAUGUGA